AUGAACCUUGUCCUUCUCGAUCACUGUAAUAAAUCUGUUUGGUCGACGAAUCUAACUAGAGGAAAUGAGAGAUCAUCAACGGUGAUGGCAGAGCUUCUCGCCAACGGAAACUUCGUGAUGCGAGACUUCAAUAACAAAGACGCAAGUGGAUACUUGUGGCAAAGUUUCGAUUACCCAACAGAUACUUUGCUUCCAGAGAUGAAACUAGGUUACAACCUCAAAACAGGGAUUAACAGGUUCCUUACAUCAUGGAGAAGUUCAGAUGAUCCCUCAAGCGGGGAUUACUCGUACAAACUAGACACUAAUAGGGGAAUGCCUGAGUUUUAUCUAUCGAGUGGGAUCUUUCGAGUGCAUAGGAGUGGUCCAUGGAACGGAAUCCGGUUUAGUGGCAUACCAGAGGACCAAAAGCUGAGUUACAUGGUUUACAAUUUUACACAGAAUAAUGAAGAAGUCGCUUAUACAUUCCGAAUGACCAACAACAGCAUCUACUCGAGAGUGAUAGUAAGUUCCGAAGGGUUUUUGGAGCGAUGGACGUGGACUCCCUCAAUAGGGAUAUGGAACUUGUUCUGGUCUUCUCCAAUGGACUCACAGUGCGAUGUGUAUAAGAUGUGUGGGCCUUACGCUUACUGUGACGUAAACACAUCACCGGUUUGUAACUGUAUCCAAGGGUUCGAUCAAAAGAACCGGCAGCAGUGGGAUCUGAGAGACGCGUCGAGUGGGUGUAAAAGGAGGACGCGGCUGAGUUGCAGUGGAGAUGGUUUUACCAUGAUGAAGAAUUUGAAGUUACCAGAAACUACGAAGGCUAUUAUCGACAAAAGUAUUGGUUUGGACGAAUGUAAGAAGAGAUGCCUUGGCGAUUGUAAAUGUACCGCGUUUGCAAAUGCGGAUGUUCGAAAUGGUGGGACGGGUUGUGUGAUUUGGACAGGAGAGCUUGAGGAUAUGCGGAGUUAUGAUGGUGAUGGUCAAGAUCUUUAUGUCAGAGUCGCUGCUGCUGCCUGCUGA